UUAGGCACAAGAGAGUGUCUUUAGACAAGUCACUCUCUUUCAGCCCUAGGAAGGAGGCAAUGGCAAGCAUUCCAAAAUCUUGCCAAGGAACAUGCAGAUACUAAUCCAGGCUGUCUCCAGGACCCAAGACUAUCUCAAAGGCAAUAUAAGUCAUGUUGAAUCUGCUGCUAUAUGGCAUGUAUAUUAAAAAUCUGCUUUCCUUUUCCUCCUCUUUGUAGUCUGCCUACUGUAAUAAUUGUAAGAACCGCAGCAUUCUGUAAAAACAGGAUAUAAGCUUGUGUCAAAAAGACUGAAGGAGGUUUUGAGGGUUUGAUUUUAUCUUAGCAGACUCUGCCUCUCUUUCUCUAUACACACAUUUACAGAAGGAAAGGAAGAGAUGGCGGCAGCUGAGACUCAGCUCUAUUCGAAGGUCUUAAACAAGAGAAAAAACAGAAGUACCAAUUCCUUACUGGAGCCUCUCUUGGCCACUGGUUUCUCUGUACAUGUAGCAUUAAAGGCUUUGGCAGCUACUGGACAAAAGACAGCAGAAGCAGCAAUACAAUGGUUGCAUUCUCAUUGCAAUGAUCCUUCUUUAGAAGAUCCCAUCCCUCAGGAAUAUGCCCUCUAUUUGUGUCCAACGGGCCCCUUGAAUGACAUUCUGCUGGAGUUUUGGAGAGAAAGCAAAUGCCAGUGUGGAAAAAACAAAGCCCAUGAAAAUUUUCCACACAUUACCCUUUCUGACUUCUUCACAUGUGAAGACCAAAAAGUUGAUGGCUUAUAUCAAGCACUAGAAAAAGCCGGUAGCCAAUUUUCCAGCAGUUUUCCUGUGAUGAUUUCCCUGUCACUACAUUCUUCCAGCACCUACAUUGGCUUCUUUCUUAGUGAUGGCCCUGAAAAUGUCAUCAAAUCAUUUGCUGCUGCUUUUGCUGCAGAGGCCACAGUCUUAGCAGAUUGCUGUGUGAAGCCUUCAAUAAAGCAACUCCACCUCACUUUAGCCCACAAAUUUUAUCCUCAUCACCAAAAGACAUUGGAACAACUGGCUAAAUCAAUCAACCCUAAGCAAAGUUGCCAGUGGGUGGCAGCUCUCUAUUCCAGGGAUAUGCGCUUCGUCCAUUAUCAAGUUUUAAGGGUCUUAUUCCAGUACAAGCCUCAAAAUAUUGAUGAAUUAAUGUUGAAUUCAGGGGAUCUUAUAUAUGUUGAUCGGUCACAGCAACAUGAAAUAUGUGAUGGAUGGACAAUUGGUAUAUCUCACCAAACUGGAUGCCGGGGAUUUCUCCCUGAAAAUUACACAGAAAAAGCCAAUGAGUCAGAUACCUGGGUUAAACACAGAGAAUAUAUUUUCUCUGCAGAUGCAGGCCAACAUCCUAAGAACCAAAUCAAAACAUGCUUUAAAACAAAGAUUCCAAGUCCAGUGCCAAGGAAUGUAGCCAAAAUGCUUGCUCAUCAGCUGUCAACACAAACCACAACCCAGAGAGACAUGUUGGUAAUUUGUCAUGGAGAAAGAGUAGACCAGGUGUUUGGGAAAUCUUGGGUACAGCAAUGUUUUGGACCAGAUGGAAAAUAUUAUCGACGAGACCUCAAUUUCCCCUCCAGUUUACCAAAUCAAGAUGAUUAUAUUAAACGCUAUAAAUAUGAUCCUCCUUUAUCAUGUUGUGGCACAUUUCAAUCUAGACUGACUGGAGAAGCCUUGCUAGAAAAAGAAGUGUUUGUUGGCUGUGUAUACUCUUCUCCAGCAUUAUACUGUAUUCAAACUGCUUAUCAUCUAAUAGAAGGGCUUCGGAUAGAACAGAAAGCUAAAAUUCGGAUAGAACCUGGACUGUUUGAAUGGACUAAAUGGGAGGCAAGCACAACUGCUCCCUCUUUUACGACAGAAGAAGAACUGAAUGAGCUUGGUUACAGCAUAGAUACCACAUACAAAUGUCACUUUCCUUCUUCUUCUUUGAUACCGUCUGAAAGCUAUGAAGACUAUAUUAACAGAUGCUCUUCAAGUAUAAAACAGAUUUCUGAUACUUGUUCAUCAAAAGGCACCAUACUGAUUAUUGCUCAUUGCUCAUCUCUGGAUUCCCUCCCUCGGCCAUUACUGGGUUUGCCUGCCAGGGAGAGCAGCGAAUUUGCUAAGUUUGUUCAAAGGGUCCCAUCUCUAGCCAUGUGUUUCUGCAGAGAGAUGAAAGAGGAGAAAAGGUGGCAGAUGGUUAAUCCACCAGUUGAAAUGUUAACUCAUGGAGCCAAUAUUGCAUUUAACUGGAAACACAUCAUUUUGGACAAUUAGACAAUAAUUGAAUUUAUAUCUGGAGACUCAUAGCCAAAAAGACUGCACUGCAGUCUGUUUUCUUGGGCUAAGAGUCAAAUCUGUUCUGAACUCAGGAACUGACUAAUUAAUAGAAAGAAAAGGCCUCACUAAGAUUUUUUGUUUGGAACUUCAAGUAAACCAUGUUGACAGGAUUUUUUCUAUUCUUUUUAAAAUAAUUCCUUGACAAGGACAAAAUCUACUUUUUAACUAUAUUUGAACUUUAAAUUAAAGUUUAGAAUGCACAUUUUAACUAUAAUUAAUCUAAAAUAAAGUUGCCUGGAAUUAAUGAAGAAUGAUGCUUAUAUCAUUUUAAUUGGCUUAGUUUCAACUAGAUAAUUUUAGUAAUGAUAAGAUGCUAGUGUUUUGCAGUACAAUUGAACAAUGACUGUUUACUGUUUUGUUGUUCUAAAAUCCAUGAUCCUGAUAAAAAUUAAGCUGACAUAUAAUAUUUGCUGGAGAUUUCCUGAUAUGAUAGGAAUGCAUAUGACACCUACAAUAAUUUAAUGUACAUACCAUAACUAAAAACAAGACAAUCCCUGCAUACAGUCUUCUAGUCAAAAGCAGAAUAGGAUAGGAUAGGAUCAGAGUUGGAAGGGACCUUGGAGAUCUUCUAGUCCAAUCCCCUGCUUAGAUAGGAAACCCUACACCAUUUCAGACAAAUGGUUGUCCAAUCUCUUGUUAAAACCUUUUAGGAAUAAUUGAAAAUUCAGGCAGUACAGUAGCUGUGAAAGUUAAGUCAUAUAUAUUAUACAGUCUAUCUGGAUUGAAAACGUGGAACGGAGAGCCAAAUGGAGUUGGACUUUCUGCAAAGCUUAAAGGAAGCGGAAUAGCGCCCUCUGGUGGAAUGAUUGCUGUAGGUGAAAACUGGCAGGGAAAUGAGUGGAAAUGCAUUUAAAAUAGAUGUACGUGUUUUUGAUGAAUGUACACAACUCUCACUAUUCAGACAAGCUUUUUUAGAUCUUGACACAUUUGAAACCAUUUUCUAGAUGGUCAGGAAAUAAGUAUGCAUAACUUUGGCAACAGCAGCAUUCUCAAAUUUCAGUCUA